AUGUGUCAAGAUAUAAAAGUGGAGCUCCAGCAGAUCCCAUUCAUGACGAAAGCGGGUGAAUACGGCAUCCACUGUGCUGAAAAAGCGGAAUUUCUCCAGAAUCUGUUGCGACAUAGAAUAAUUUCUUCGAUGACAUUGCAUGAUCGAUUUCAUCUGAUGAGUAAAGGUUAUCUGCCCAUCGUGAGUGGACUGAAGGCGACUCACAUUGACCAGAAACCAGUCUUUGUCAUAUCGAACUCCAAUUUGAUAACAACCAAGAAAGAACGCCAUGAGGCGGAGUAUCAGGAUCCGCACCCGAGGAGCUCGAGGAAUGUCGGACGAUAA